AUGCAAUCACGGAUAAUCAACUCAAGUAUCGAAUCGAGAGCACUGUUCACCACGAGAUAUGUUAAUUUCUGGAUGAAGACAUUCCGGAAGAAGAAGGAACCGUUGGCUUCAGAGGUCCUAACGAGCUACCUAUUGCAAACCGGCGAACCCCCUUGGACUUCGUACUUCGUCCGAUACGCCGACGUGGUGAAUGAUCAGCGGGGAAUGUCACACUUCAAUUGGCCAGCGGGCGGCAGCAAUUACCACGUACUUAGGACCGGCUGCUUCCCGUACAUCAAGUAUCACUGCAGUAAGCGGCCGAUGCAGGAUCUCAGUGGCGAGGACAGAUUCUUCAAGGCGAUCAAGAUAUUGAACCUUGGUAUCCCUACUCUGAUGUAUGGACUGGCCGCGACGCAGCUUAUCCGACACCGCGAGAUCGUGAAGACGCCUCGGGGUGAUGUGACGAUCUAUUUCUUGCUACCAGAGGACAAAGGUUCGCAGUACUGAGACUUGCACCCUACAUCGCUAAUCUGCGUCGGGUUUCGCAUCGUGGCCUUCCUCGGAGAUGACAUUAACGGCAACGAAAUACAAAGUCGUACCCGAUGACUGUUGCUUCUUUUUUCAACCCUUUCUUAUUUCUCGUUAUUCCAUCGAGUUCUCAAGUACAAAACGAAAAGAGAAUCGAG